CAGGCAAACAAUCCUGCUGUACGUGAUGAAUGUUGUACUUAUUACCGGUGUAUAGUACCCUCUCAAAUUAUGCCCCAUGGAAGCUCCGGCAAUAUCCAAAUCUUGUUAUACUUGCCGGCGCCGGCGUAUCCAAUGCGACAGGUCGAAAACACCUUGUCUCAAGUGCGAAAAGGCCGGACUUGACUGUUUUGAGGAGAGGCCUCUACGCUGGGUGCGCGGGGUAGCUAUCCGCGGGGGUAUGCGGGGACGAUCCUUCGCGAAGACCUCGGCGGAGCAAGUGGAUGAGUCUUCCAUCCUGUCCUACUGGUCCCUUGGAACUCGCCUUAAGCCUGAUGUGCUUUUACCCGAACUUUCCAAAUAUGUGUCGGGUGCUCGUUCAUUAGGUGUGCCACGAGCUAUGAUAGAUGUGGCUAUGUCGAGUUUAGAUAGCAGAUCUAGAUAUUACUUGGACUACUAUAAUGACCGCAUAUGCAAGGUCUUCAUCGUAUAUGACAGCGAGAAAAAUCCAUUCCGAAGUCUCAUUCCUCUUGGCUUGAACGAACCUGUUCUCCUGGAAACUAUCCUCGCACUAGCAGCCCGUCAUCUGGCGAAUGCGGGCCAUUUAUUUUCUGAUCUUGGGGAGAGAAUGCUGCCCGAGUCUGUCAACGCUCAUUGCGAAGCGCUUCACUUCAAACACCGUGCCAUCCAGGGACUUGCAAGCACUUUGAGAAAUCCUGCGUUGUACCAGAAAGACGCCACUAUCGCCAGCGUAUUUCUUCUGGUAUUUUUAGAUCUUCUAGAGUCGGGAUGUGACCGAUGGAACUACCAUCUGGAGGGCGCGAAGAGGUUGAUGACCUUGAUGAAGCCGCACGAUCCAGGCCGGACCAUUGAGGGGAUACGCCAUUUCAUUACCAAUCAAAUUCAUCUGAUUGAGUCUCUAGGGACUACUUUUGUACGACCAAAUCUAGUUUCCAAAUUUAUCUCCGCUCAGGAGACUGAAACUCCGCUUCAAGACGUUGUCGAGCAGUCUUUCCUUGGCUGUCCCGGGUAUAUAUUAAGCGCUGUCCAACAUUUCUCUGUAGUGAGAGACAGAAUAGCCGAUGGAGACUCUGCUAGUCUCACUUCCGCUGACAAUCAAUUACAUGAUAUUAUAUCCGUCCAAGAGUCUAUCAAGAAUUUUGACUGUCAUGCAUGGGCUGCAAAUCUGCCUCAGGAGCAGUCCGCUGCACGGGAUGUUCAACAGCUCAGCAUGCUCUCCCGAUCCUACCAGCUGGGCGCUAGUCUAUAUGGCCAACGGGUCUUAGAUGCUAUAACCCAGAAGGUAACGCCUACAGGCACGAUUCUGAGCGAACUAAUCGAGGUGAUUGGCGCACUACGCGAUGAUCCAUCUGUGUUCAAAUGCAUUCUCUGGCCCAUUUUUGUCGCUGGCCUGGAGUGCAAAGAUCCGUUGCAGAGGACGUUUUUGAUUCAGAGCCUAGAGACCUUCUGGGAGUACACAUACUGUCUGAAUGUGAUCAACGCUGCCCGUAUACUGCAGGAGUACUGGGCGCAGGAAGAAAAUCGAGGAAAACUGCCUUCGCAAUGGAUAUUUAAUGUUGGUCGCCAGGGACGCGACUGGUUGCUGAUUUGAUUGCCUCGAAUGUCGGGUGACUGGAUCCAUCUCACCAUAGCCUCUACGGACGUUUCUUUCGACCUCCGAACCCUGUCAGAUCUUCUUAUCAAAGGCCAUUUCAUCCCCCUCCCUCCAAAUCCGCGAAGUCCACCGGAUCAAGAGGACACGUUAGGUAAUGCCUCGAGCACUCUGCGCUUACCAGUGAGCAGGGCAUUCUCAAGUCCCCGGCUGCAGGGCGCU